AUGUGCCACUUUCAGGUCUCCUCACACACUGCUGGUGUGUUGAAUUUUUUGACAUAGGGUGCUGGCAGAUUACGGGCCUCCCAUAGCUGCUGCCAGGCCCCUAAUCUGCCAUGGGCCCCUAUAUACCGCCUCCUCAUGCUGCUGCCAAGUCCAGAGUCUCUCAUGGGUCCCUGUACGGCCUCCCAUUGCUGCUGUCUCCAUCGCCACACUCUGCCAUGUGCCACUUUCAGGUCUCCUCACACUCCUGCUGGUUUCCAUUUUGUCAUAGGUUGCUGUAUGGCCUCCCAUUGCUGCUGCCUCCACCGCCACACUGUGGCUCCAAACACUGGUUUUGGCCCCGUGACUGGCCAAAUGAGUGAAGUGUGCGGUGAUUCUAAGAUCGACGGCACUCAUCUGCAUGUCAUACUG